AUGAGCUCAUUCCUUAUGAACGGAGGAUACCAGCCUCAACCGGACCCGAAGUUCCCGCCUUCCGAAGAGUACAGUCAAGCGGACUACAUACCUCCAGGAGAAUACUACCAGCAUCAACAUCUACAAUACGGCUAUCAGCAUCAAUAUGCUCCAGUCCAAAUCGGCACAGGGUAUGGGUAUAGUGGGUAUUACCACCCGUUGCCUCAGCAUCCUCCCGUGGCUCCUCCACCAAGACCACCCGAACCGUCUCAUCCUUCUGAUGCUGAGCAUGGAUAUGCUCCACCUCAUAGUGGGGACGUAGCCCCGGGGUUGGCUGAACUGGGGUUAAGACUUGAGAGACAUAUAGAAGAAGCAGCACCCGCUGGGAGGAAACUACAUGCCUUAGGUAGAGAAGGUUCUCCCUCCUCGGAGAUGGACGAUGAGAGGCUACUUUUGGACAGUCCGCCGGUAGAUGACGACGACUCCUCGAUAUGUUCAGACAAUACGGACAGGGUCAUUUAUCCGUGGAUGAAGAAGAUUCAUGUCGCUGGCGCGUCCAACGGCACUUUCCAACCGGGCAUGGAGCCAAAACGCCAGCGGACCGCGUACACCAGACACCAAAUACUAGAACUCGAGAAGGAAUUUCACUACAACCGAUAUCUUACUAGAAGAAGAAGAAUAGAGAUAGCCCACACUCUAGUCCUGUCCGAGAGACAAAUCAAAAUCUGGUUUCAGAACAGACGGAUGAAGUGGAAGAAGGACAAUAAACUACCCAACACCAAAAACGUUAGAAGAAAAACCAAUCCGGCCGGCGUCACCACCACCACGACGAAGGGCACACCAAAGAGUAGAUCGAAUAAGAAUACAAAUAACAACGAUAAAAAGAAAUCCAACAACAACGGUCGACCAGAUAGCAUAGAGAACGUUACGGAUAACAUAAUGAAUGAUUUGCACUGUGUUGGUGGGCAGCAGAAUUUGUCGCACGAUCCAGCGAUCAGUCCGAUGUCGCACCCGGGGAGCGGGAUGGGCGCGGGGCACAUGACGCCGCACCACCUGCAGCACAUGAUGGGCAUGCACGGCAUGGACCCGGGGGUCGCCAACCUGUCCAUGCACGGGUCCCCGGUAGGCUCCGCCGGCUGCGGCACCGGCAUCCCCGGCCAACCCGUCAUCAAAUCCGACUACGGUCUCACCGCCUUAUAAUCCUUAGAACUCUA